AUGGGUGACAUUGUUCAAGAUGGUCACAAUUCUCAGGAGGUUGGGCAAAGCACUCAGCAAACUCCAGAUACAAUACAAGAACUCCCACAAGUUGGUAUGAAAUUUGAUUCCGAAGAUGAGCUUCAUGUGUUUUAUAAAAAGUAUGCCUACCAAACUGGAUUUGGAGUUCGGACAUCGAGUACAAGAAGAGAGAGCAAUACAAAAUACUACGCACUUGAGUGUUCUAAAGGAGGUACAUAUGUUUGUAGAACCGAGUCUAAUACGACGAGAUUAUCAAGCAAAACAGAUUGUAAGGCAAAAGUUAGCGUAAUUGUUUAUGGUGACGGAAGAUGCACUAUAUCUCGUGUUUUUUUAGAGCAUAAUCAUGUUUUAAGUCCAAGAAAAUCACGAUUUCAAAGAUCUCAUAACAAGCUUGAUUCGUACUCCAAAAGAAGGCUUGAGUUAAAUGAUUCCGCUGGUAUUCCACUAUGCAAAAAUUUUCAUUUGUUGGUAGUUGAAGCUCAGGGGUAUGAAAAUUUGGCUUUUGAUGAGAGAGAUUGUAGAAAUUUCAUUGCAAAAGCAAGGCAACUAAGACUUGGGACAGGGGAUGCCGAAGCACUUCGUGAUUAUUUUGUUCGUAUGCAAAGAAGAAGUCCAAACUUUUACUACGUGAUUGACAUGGAUGAUGAAGGUCGUUUGCGAAAUGUGUUUUGGGUAGACCCAAGGUCUAGGGCAGCUUAUGAGUCAUUUGGAGAUGUUGUGUCUUUUGAUAGUACAUACUUGACUAACAAAUACGAUAUGCCUUUUGCUCCUUUUGUAGGGGUGAAUCACCAUAGACAAUCUAUUUUAUUCGGUUGUGGUUUACUGUCAAGUGAGGAUAAAGAAACAUAUGCAUGGUUAUUUAACUCAUGGUUAGAAUGCAUGAAUGGACGUUCACCAAAAACAAUAAUAACGGAUCAAUGUCGGUCAAUGAAAGCAGCAGUAGCAAAAGUAUUUCCAGAAUCUCAUCAUCGACUUUGUCUUUGGCAUAUUAUGAAGAAGAUCCCCAAAAAGCUAAAUGGGUAUACUCAAUAUAAAGCUAUUUACAGAACUUUAAAAAUCCUUGUGUACGAGUCUAUAGAGCCUCAAGAGUUUGAAGAUGGAUGGUCCAAAAUGAUUGAAGAUUAUAAUCUUGAAAAAAAUGAAUGGUUAAGUUCCUUGUUUGAUGAAAGAAAGCAUUGGGUUCCUGUAUAUGUGAAAAUAAUAUUUUGGGCAGGGAUGUCACCACUCAAAGAAGUGAAAGUAUAUAUACUUUUUUUUGAUGGAUAUGUUAAUUCAAAAACUACCUUACGGCAAUUUGUUGAGCAAUAUCAUAAUGCAUUGAAAAGCAAGAUGGAGAAAGAAAGUAAGGCUGAUUUUGCAUCUCAAAAUUCUUCAUACAAAUUGUUAACAGGUUUGUGUUUUGAAAAACAAUUUCAUGAUUGCUACACCAAUGCAAUUUUUAAAUUGUUUCAAAACGAGUUGCAAGGCAUGUUAUUUUGCAAUCAUUCGUUGUUCAAACAAGAUGGUACAAUAUCUAUAUAUCAUGUCACGGAUGUUGUGGACAAGAAAUACGAGAAGUGUAAGAGGAAAGUUGUAUAUGACGUGAGUUAUAAUGAAGUUGGAUGUGAUAUCAAAUGCUCGUGUCAUUUGUUUGAAUUUCGGGGAAUUGUUUGUAGGCAUAUGAUGAAAAUACUCAUCGAGAAAGAAAUUAAAGAAUUACCUUCACGCUAUAUCCUAUCUCGGUGGAGGAAAGAUUUGAAGCAUCGACACUAUUACGUGACUAGUUGUUAUGAAGAUUUGAAAAAUGAGGAGCAAGCUAAACAAUUUAAUCACUUGUGUUCUGACUUUUACGAGGCUGCUCACAUUGCCAAUUCUCGAGAAAAGUACGAAUAUUUGAUAAAAUGUAUACAAGUGGCGAAGGAAAAGCUAAAUCAUGAUACGAGUUGGGUUCUUACUAGUAACAAAGUUGUAAUGUGUGAAGAUGUCCAAUGUGGUCCAAACCCAGCAGCAAAGUUGUUAUCUCCCUCAAAAGUACGUGGUAAAGGUCGUCCGCCUUCGAAGAGAAAUGAAUCAAUUGUGUGUGAUGGAAAAAAGGACAAAGUACAAGAUCAAAGGAAUUCAUCUUUGUCAGACAUAAGAGCUGAUAAGGGUACAAGCUCAAGUAGUAAAGAUGGAAGAACUUUCAUAAGUGAUACCAUGUUUCCUUCUACCUAUUACAGUUUUGAUCUUAAUCAUUGA